UACAUUCACUUUGAUCUAAAGCUUAAAGCAUGUGCGUUAAAUGUUGAAAUGUAUUGAUUUAUUUUUUUAAACGAACUCGGUUUAUGAACGUGGUUUUCUUUAUUCUUUUGUCCUCGAGACUUCUGAUCGUGUCUGAUGCUGAAUCAUGUCCAAACUGUUCGGUUUAAAGCUUCCAGGAGAAUGUAAAAGUCUGCCUGACGGCUUUUGGACAGCUGUAGACGUGUGGAUAAAGAAACCUCACGUGGUGAACAAACGGCUUUGUGGCGUCACAGAGACUCAGAGGACAGAUGUGGACGCAGAGGACCUGGAACUCCUGCUGGAUCCUGGUUUUGGACUUUCCCAUGAUGUCCUGACUUUUCUGACCAGCAGACAGCCAGCUGGACAGCAAAAUGGAAAGACUUGGUCUUUUAGUGUCAGGACAUUUGUUCCUAAAGUAAACUGUUAUGGGACAAAUAUUCAGAAAGAAGUGAUACUCAAAGAUUUGGGCAGACAACAAGUGACUUUUCUACCAUUUGAAGAGGAUGCAGAAGGGCAGGUGUCUCUAAAGAAGGGCAACAUUCAUCAGAUUCAGCUCCUUCGUCAGGAUGGUGGGGAAUGGAUCUUGGAGCUACAUCUCCUGACUUCAGACAACUGGUUCUCAGACGGCGUGGCCUAUCCUAAGAUGCCAUGGCUCUCCACCGAUCUGCUGCCUAAGUUGGCGCGUUGGGCCACCGAGUGCACAAGCAGCGAGUUCAAGAGCACCUUGUCUCUGCUGCCAGUGGAGAAAUACAGCCUGGUGUACCAGCAGCUGAAGGAGAAGUACAAGGCGAUGGUUAAGGCUUGGCCUGAGGUGACCGACCCAGAGAAGUUUGUGUAUGAGGAUGUUGCGAUUGCUACGUAUCUUCUAGUGCUGUGGGCUGAGGAGCGAGCAGAGAAAAAUCUGACUGCCAAACAGUCCUUUGUGGAUCUGGGCUGUGGAAAUGGCCUCCUUGUUCAUAUACUGGCCAACGAAGGGCAUCCUGGAAAGGGCAUUGAUGUGCGGAAGAGGAAGAUAUGGGACAUGUACGGCCCGCUGACGCUGCUGGAGGAAAAGGCAAUUACUCCCAAGGAGUGCUUCUUAUUCCCCGGUACGGACUGGCUGAUUGGGAACCACUCAGAUGAGCUCACACCGUGGAUCCCCAUUAUGGCGGCCAGGUUGUCGUACACCUGCAGGUACUUUGUCCUCCCCUGCUGUUUCUUUGACUUCUACACUAAAUACCAAAGGCGCCAGUCCCAGAAGUGCCAGUAUAAAGAAUACAUCAACUUCAUCGCGGAGGUCAGCCGAGUCAGCGGCUUCAACACGGAGGAGGACUGCCUGAGAAUACCGUCCACCAAACGGGUUUGUCUGGUUGGGAAGUCACGAAAUUACGAGGUGUCAGACGAGGCUCAGGCUGAGCAUCGGCGAGCGCGUUACAUCCAGAGCCGCCAGCCCACCGGCAGAGUCACAGUACAAGAGCCAGAUAUUCAAAACAGUGCAGAAUGUUGCAAUGGGCUUGCUGACGGGACCACAAGGAAUGAAUGGGAAGCCGGGUUCCAGCCACGAGAGAAGGUUGAAACUGUUCGAAACUGCGCCACUCUCCCACGGGACUUAACCGACAGCGUCGUCUUGCAGGUCGCUCACGCUCUCUUGAAAAUGACUCUGAAUGAAGAUGGAGCAUCUUCCAAUGAGUGGAACCAUGGAGGCAGCCUUUCUGUAAGCGAAGUCGCCGGGCUGCUAGAGCACAAAACCCUUCGGCUCUUAAAAAAGGAGUGCGGAGGACUGCAGACGCUCCUCAAGAACAGCUACCAAGUCUUUAGAGUGGAGGGAGGGAGGGUACGCAUCAGAGACUGGCGGGACUGCAAGACCAGGGUGGAUGUCAAGAGGAAACCUGUCACUCCCGGCGACUUAAAAACUCGCCCGUGCUGGUUUUACACCCACCACCCUCAGGGCUGCCCCCUACAGGAUGAAGACUGUAAAUUUGCCCAUGGAACCCAUGACCUUCGACCCUCCACCAGACCUCUCAAGUCCAUAAACACCCGGCAUUUUGAGUUAUCUGAGCUUGUUAGAAAGCAGCGAGUGUGAGCCAGAGUGCCGUUACAUCAUCUCUGGGAAGUGAGUUUUUAAAAAUUCAGUGCCAUCCUCUCUUUAUCCAUGUGAAGCUGCCAAAAUCUGAUUCUAAUUCUGCAUUCGAAGAGAUCUGUGAGACAUGUAAAUUAUCUUGCCUGGUGACACUUAAUUUCAAGGGAUCCUAUCGGCUCUUCCUUUGCUCCAUAUUGUUGCUCUGCAGCAAAUGCCGAAUGCUUAUUUUCACUUUGUGCCUGGUCGAAAUCUGAUCUUUGACCCCAAUGACCUUGACGUUCAUCUCAGCGAUUGACUUUAGGUGAAUGUGACUUUGUCUUAGCAAUUCAGGAACCUUCCCACACAUGGAUACUAAGCUUGAUGCCUAUUGGAAUGGGGGGAAAAACCUUGGACCACAGUGACCUUUGCCUAAAUUAAUCAUCUUUGGCAAAUUUGACUUUAUCUUGGCAAUUCCAAAACCCACCUAUAUACACUCGCUGUGUUUGAAGGAUGAGAACAAUCUCAAGAACACCGUCAGCAUAAGGGUGGAAACAUUUUUUGGGGUGCUUUUCUGCAAAGGGGACAGGACGACUACACCAUAUUGAAGGGAGGAUGGAUGGGGUCAUGUCUUGUGAGAUUCUGGCAAACAUCCUCCUUCCCUCAGGAAGAACGUUGAAGAUAGGUUGUGGCUGGGUCUUCAAGCAUGACAAUGACCCCAAACACACAGCCAGGGCAACUAAAAAAUGGCUCUGUAGGAAGCAUUUCAAGGUCCUGGAGUCUCUAGACCUCAAGUCAAUAGUGAAUCUUUGGAAGGAGCUGAAACUCCAAACCUGAAAGAUCUGGAGAAGAUCUGUAUGCAGUUUGUGCAAACUUGGUCAAGAACUACAGGAAAUG